CUGAAAUGAUUAAUUUACUGAAGCUGAUUUCCUCCUGGCGCCCGGUGACCGCUGUAAGUCGCUGUUGCUGUGAUUGUCCUCUAGAUGGCAGUAGUACACAGCACACUGAUAGCGGAGGCGCUGGAGGAAAAGCUCAGAACAAGCAACAUUAAACUCGUGUUGAAGAUGAGAAGAAACAAAGACGCUACACUUCAGCUUUUAUCAACUCUAGAGAGAUUAUUUAGCGAACACGACACAACUCCUGCCUUUCUUCAUUAUAUCCUGGCUCUUGACUGUCAAUUCCUCUGUGAAAGCGAUCAGGAAUAGCGGACUUUUACCGUGUUCAUAUGUAAACAGGCCUGAUGGAGGACACACACCGUCACGAGAAAAUGAGUCAAAAAACAGACUCACUGAAGAGAAAAGACAAAGAAUGUGUGACCUGCACUCAGUGUGGAAAGAGUCUUGCACACAACCAGAGUCUCAGGAAACACAUGAGGAUCCACACUGGAGAGAAACCAUGCACAUGCACUCAGUGUGGGAUGAGUUUCAGAGAAUCAUCAAACCUUAAUAAACACAUGCUGAUCCACACUGGAGAGAAAACACACAAGUGUGAUCAGUGCUGCAAAACAUUUCUGAGGGCUGCAGACCUGAAAGGCCACCUUAAUGUUCAUACAAAGGAGAAGCUUUAUCCGUGUUCUGUGUGUGAAAAGAGUUUCAGACAUCAACGUAGUUUAAGAAAUCAUCAGAAGAUCCACACCGGUGUGGGAGAGUACAAGUGCUUUGAGUGUGAGAAGACCUUUUGUGCAGCUGGAAGUUUGAAAAUACAUGAGAGAAUUCACACUGCAGAGAAACCGUACAUUUGUUCACUGUGCAAUAAGAGAUUCAGUCAGCUUGCACAUAUGAAAACACAUGCGACUGUUCACACUGGAGAGAAACCUUACAAGUGUUCAUACUGUGAGAAGAGAUUCAGGCGUUUAGGACAUCUGAGACAACAUGAGAGGACUCACACUGGAGAGAAACCUUACAUUUGUUCACUGUGCAAUAAGAGAUUCAGUCAGAUUGCACAAAAGAAAAUACAUGAGAGGAUUCACACUGGAGAGAAACCGUACACGUGUUCAUACUGUGAUAAGAGAUUCAGUGAUUCAGGAAAUCUGAGACAACAUAUGAGGGUUCACACUGGAGAGAAACCUUACAUUUGUUCUCAUUGCGACAAGAGAUUCAGUGAUGUGGGAAAUCUGAGACAACAUGUGAGGAUUCACACUGGAGAGAAACCUUACAAGUGUUCACACUGCGACAGGACAUUCAGACAGUUAGGAGGCCUGAAAAUACAUGAGAGGAUUCACACUGGAGGGAAACUGUACGUUCACACUGAAAGCGGCGAGAGCGUCAAAGUAGGUGAAAGUCAAUGAGAGCCAGCGGCGAGGAGCAGUGCGGCACGUCUUGGCUGAUGUUGGCGUUGUGCUGAUUCGCCUUUAUUUAAUCACCCUAAUUAAACAAAGAUACAAUCAGGAUCCUCCCUUUGCUAUAUGUCUUAGCUAGAGUUUAGUUAAAGAGCCCAUAUUAUACAUGAAAUAGGGUCAUAUCUUGGUUGUAAGGGUCUCCAACAACAGUCUAAUAUGCAUGCAAGGUCAAAAAACACUUUCAUGGUCUCAUAAUC